AUGUCGAGCUCGCUCCAUUCCAGAGACGACGGCGGCGAGAACGAGAGGAUGACUACGGAGGAAGAGGCGGCUAUAGUAUCCAGGCAUCUCGACCCCGCCUAUCAUGCCCAUUUCGACGAUGAGCCCGCGAACGGCAAUGGGCCCGAACAAGAGAGCUCUUUAAAGCUGCUGGGUGGAGACAUGCAUCGCGAUCUGUACAGGAUCACGGCGAGGGCGAGACACGGGUCUGUGGCGAGAUCCCAGACUUUCUCCCACCCAGAACCGAGGGUGAGCAGCACCGAUGGAGCCGUGGAGGAGCAGAGACAACCCCAGGGCUUUAGACGGCAUUAUGUCCAACAGCAGCUAUUGAGGCGGUCAAACAGCUUCACGGCUCCCAUCACGAACAAUUUCAUUGCCUUCCUCGACCUGUAUGGCAACUUCGCGGGAGAGGACCUGGCAGAAUCCGACGACGACGACGAGAAUGCCAUUGAGGACGAUGAGGAGGAAACAACACCAAACGCGGCCGGACAUGAGGAAGGGGAGAGAAGACCGCUGCUGGGCAGACGACGGACAACAAGGGGAACAAAGCCAGGAGAUGCAAAUCUGAUGAGGACGUUCCUCUUGUUGAUCAAAUCUUUUAUUGGUACCGGAGUACUGUUCCUGCCAAAAGCCUUCAAGAAUGGUGGGUUGUUGUUCUCCUCAGUUACACUGGUUAUUAUAUCUCUGGUAUCGUGUAUGGCCUUCCACUUAUUGCUGAAGUGCCGGGCCAAAUACGGAGGAGGAUAUGGUGAAAUCGCAGAGCGAGUGGGAGGAAAGAGAAUGCGGUCCAUCACCCUGGCCUCGAUUGCGCUGUCUCAACUUGGAUUCGUGUGUGCUGGUAUCAUCUUCACGGCAGAGAAUCUCUCUUCCUUCCUCGAAGCCGUCGUCAAAGGCGCCUCCCCCCUCGGCAUCAAAGCCCUCAUUGGUCUCCAGCUCUUGAUCCUAGUCCCAUUGGCAUUCAUCCGCAACAUCUCCAAGCUUGGAGGGGCGGCUCUCCUAGCAGAUGUCUUUAUCCUCCUCGGACUCGGAUACAUCUACUACUUUGAUAUCUCCACCCUCGCCGCCCACGGCAUUAACCCCACGCUCCGCAUGUUCAACCCGAGUGACUUCACCCUCACGGUCGGCUCCGCAAUUUUCACCUUCGAAGGCAUCGGCCUGAUUCUCCCCAUCCAGUCCUCCAUGAAAGAACCGCAGAAGUUCGAGCGCCUUCUCUACACCGUCAUGCUCAUCAUCACAAUCAUCUUCGCCUCCAUCGGUGCUCUUUCUUACAUGACAUUUGGGGACGCCACAUCGGUCGAAAUCAUCUCCAAUUUUCCGCAGGACUCCAAGCUCGUCAACGCCGUGCAAUUCCUCUACUCCCUCGCCAUUCUCGCCGGGGACCCAGUGCAACUCUUCCCAGCGAUGCGUAUCCUGGAAGGCUCGAUCUUCGGUCAUCGCUCAGGCAAGCAGAACGCGAGGACGAAGUGGAAGAAAAAUGCAUUUAGGACGGCACUGGUCUGUGCGUGUGGGCUGGUUAGUAUCCUGGGUGCCACGAACCUAGAUAAGUUUGUGGCGCUCAUUGGCAGCUUUGCGUGUGUGCCAUUGGUGUACAUCUACCCCGCUUUCCUACAUUGGAAGGGCAUCGCGGAGGGCAAGUGGGCGAAGAUUGGGGAUAUAGUGUUUAUGGGCGUCGGAUUGGUGGCGAUGGUGUAUACUACUGCUGUUACGAUUAGUCGGUGGUCGUCGAGCUGA